UUAGACGUGUUGACAGGAACGUCAUGUGAACUCGGUCGGUUCCAUCGUUUUUGUUGUUUAGAACUCCGUGCGAUUUGCUCACAAAGUUCAUUGUCUUCCGAGGCCAUUCCAAACACAGUAUUCACGUAAAAUGCAUUUUCUUGGUUUCCGCGUGCACGGAAAGUGAGUAAUCCGCGCCGAUAGACCGCCGAACGCCGCACAAGCCGUUUGCAAUUCGUGGGGAGAGCCCGUCGUCAGAAUGUGGAAGUGUCAUAAGUGCGGAAAGCCUGUUUAUUUUGCUGAAAGGAAGCAGUCGCUGGGCUACGACUGGCAUCCCGAGUGUCUGCGCUGCGAGGAAUGCGGGAAGCGCCUGAAUCCUGGCCAACAUGCUGAGCAUAAAGGAGUGCCUUACUGCCACGUACCUUGCUACGGGGCCCUGUUUGGACCGCAACUCUUCGGACACGGCACUCGCGUGGAAUCUCACAAGAACUUCGGAGUGAAGGGCACGCCGCGGGCUUCCGGUGGACCUGUGCUGCCGCGUGAUCAUUUAGAAUCUAAAUUGAAGUUAUACAAUCAAUACUUUGAUAAUAAGAGCUUAGAAAUACGAAGUCGUGAAGUCAAUAAUCGUUUAGUGCUAGAAGGAGCACUACGUAUUUGUUGGGGCGUUCACGCUGUUAUCCAUUUAAAAGAAGAUGACGAUCAACGUACAGUAGUAACCGUACGUAAACGAAAUUCGUGCCGCCUGGCAGUUGACUCGAGAAUGAGUAAUGAUUAUUCCGAUAAGGAAAAUGAUAUUACUGAUACCGGGAUUGAAUCCAGUACGACAGUGACUGAUUUGUUAGAUGGUGAUGCAACUGAUAUUUCAAUGUCUGAGAGCAUCACCUUCGAUUCAUGUAGUUUGUCGGAAGAUGCUGCUACCGAUGUCGCGUGCUCAUCCGAAGAAUCCUCACCUACUCAUAAGGCUGUUACUCUACCGUCGAAAUUGGAUGUAAAAAAUAUUGAUUGGGAUGAAAUUGAUGACUUGUUGCAGGUCGAACGGAAAGUGGAUGAAACUGAAAAAUUAUACCAGACUAUGCCCUCACCACUUCCAUCACAAUCCUCCUCCGAAGGUACACCAAAAAUACUCUCAGCUCAAAAUAGCGCUGAUGAUCGGUCAAAAUCGAGUGAUUCCAAUUCACCACUGGAAGAACCCACCACAUCAACAUCUGAAGUUGCAUCUGAAGAUACACCAACCCUGAAGCCAAUGGAUUUUGACGAUUUCAAUCGAAGUGUUCACGAGGACUUCAUCAAUGGGGCUAAUGACUUUGUAAAAGCUAACGAUGAUACCUUGAAAAUGAAUCAACCAAUCGAUCCAUCACGCAUUAAUGACUCGCUAAAACUCUACUCAGAAAACAUGAGCAAAAGCUUCUGCGAGUCAGCUUUACGUCCCAUCGACCCGUUCCUAAUUCACGAUACUCUAAGCAUGACGAAAAGUCAAUCGAAAAACUAUGUUCUACAAAAGUCAGAAUCCGCCUCUUCACGCUCCUUUCUCGACAAUAAAAACCUCUUUGAGAAAGGAAUCAAUCGUUCGAAAUCAGGUCCAAAUUGUUAUGUGAGUACAGAUAGCGAAGAUGAGUCGACUGCAAAGGCGAUGACUAUGAAGCGAAACGAGAAUCCGAAAUUCAUAAAUAUUAACAUGAACUGCUAUAACCAAAGUGAUGACAACAGUAAGUCGGUGACAACGGCAACCACUCCAAGUUUAACGGAAAAUGGUGCUACGUAUUCAACAAGCCAUCAAGAGGACGCUGAAGGACAUAUUGUGACAGAGGACGGUGUUGUGUUGAGAAGGCGUCCAAAGACUGGGUCAACAGCAAUCAAAAGAAGGUCUGGAAACAAAAGAUCUCGUGCCAAACUGAAACGUCGUUGCUCAAUCAACGGCCACUUUUACAAUCGGGAAACCUCGUUCUUCACUCCACCACAUGGUUCCCAAAUGAGCGUUUGGGUAACAUCAUUAGUUAACACCCAGGAGGUGAUUAAUUUGCUUUUGGAGAAGUAUAAAGUCGACAGCAAACCGGAAAAUUUUGCUUUAUUUGUUAUUCGUGAUAACGGUGAGCAGAGACGUUUGAAAGAUGACGACUAUCCUCUCGUAGUACGUGUGAUGUUAGGACCUCAUGAAGAUGUCGCUCGACUGUUCUUAAUGGAUGCUCAAGAAACACAAGAAAUAAGCAAUGAGGUAGCUCAGUUUUUGAAUCUUUCUAUUCCUGAAUGUCGUGCAAUUUUAGAUCGUUACGAUUAUGAGAUGGAACGUGAGGUAUCAAAGAUAAAAUCAAGAUAUGAAGAGAUGCGUCGUCGUAUUAUCCAACGAAUGGAAUCUCUAAAAGUUCGACUGUAAUGGACCCGUAUAAACUCUUAUCGCAAUCUCUACUAAUCCUUUCCAAUGAAAUCAUUUGUUCUUAUGUUUUGAACAUAUCCUUUGUGAAAUAGUGAAAACGUUACUAAUCUCAUUUUAAUGUAUUCGCUGUAAUGUGUAAGCAUAAAAUAGUUUUUAUGAAACUUAGGUAUCCAAAUUCUCUUUUUUUUACUCUGGGAAACAGAUUCACUAUUCAAAAGUGGAGUCAAUUAACGGUAUUCUAUUAUUUAGUCGUCAUGUUUGUGAAUGUAGGAACAUUUUACUCAAUGCCAUUCAUUUUCGUAGUCAUAAAGAUAAAUUACAUUACUCAACUCGAAUUUCAUUUGAAGAUCGGACUCAGAUAAAGUUAAGAUAUUUGGAAAGGGACAUUUCAUGGAGCGGGACUACGUUUUAAGAUAAGUCAGGAAUCUUACUGAAUGGGCUGCUAGUACAAAACAUGUUAUCGUUUUAGUGGAGCUGGAGGAGUCAGUCAAAGUGGAUUCCAGAUAUUAUGCUAGGUCUUUUCCAAUUAUAUUAGAUGUGUUAAAAAAUUCUGUGAGAGUUGGCUGCUUCACAGCACAAUGUAUUUGGUUUGGGAAGUUAUAAUAGAAUUAUGCGUUAAAAGUUAAGCAAGACCUGCAUACAUGGUAAUUUCGCUGACCACUUUCGUGUUGCCAUUUGAAGUUAACGAGGAUUACUAACGUUCACUUUUGAUACACAAUUGAACAUGGAUACGUAAAGGAAUAGAAAUAUUCAAGUCCCUCACACCAAAAAAGCAAACAAAACUUAUGCCGUACUCUAAGGUGAUGAAAACGAAAAGUAUAAUGGUUUUUAAAAAUUAUCGAUAGACUCAUUCAUUAGAUUGUUUUAGGUAAGAACAAGUAGCAGCUACAAUAAUUUGAUACAUUGUUGUGUGUGUGUGCUUUGUACUAUGGGAUAUUGGUCGCAUACAUGCACAAACUCAUUUAUGAAAAUACCAAUGCUAAACAAAACAAUAAUAUUUUGACUAAUAUAUAAGUAUUAAGAAAGUAAAUUCAAUGAGAAAUGAAGAGUAUAUACACAAAUGCUAAAAUAUCAAGUAUUUAUUAUUAUGAAAUUUAUUUCAAAUUGUUACUAAUAAAUUUCGUAAAAAUUAA